AUGUUUCGAUUAAUAAAAUCUACUCCGACACCAUCUUCAUUAAUUAAACAAAAUAAUCAAAUAUCAAAUAAUUUUAUAAUACAAUCAUAUAAUAAUUUUAAUUUUAAUAAUUUUAAUAAUAAUAAUAAAUAUUAUUCAACAAAAUAUGGAAGAGGUAGUUUAUUAAGAAAUACCAAAAGAAAAGAUAAUUACGAUAGAAAGAUUAAAGUUAAUCAUAUUUCAAAAAAACAAAUGGAAAAUUUAAUGGAAUACCGAUAUAAUAAUAUUAGUAAUAAUGAUAAUAAUAAUCAAAAAACUAAAUUUCAGAAUUCAGACAAAAGAGAUUUAUUGAAAUCAGAAUUUGGUUUCGAUGAUGAUGAAGCAAAUGAAAUUAUAGGUAGUAAUGAAAAAGAUAAAUAUCAAGAUUAUAAUGAAGAUGAUGAUUUUUUAAAAGAGGAAGAUUUUAAUGAUGAUGAUGAAACUUAUGAUGAAGAUAAUGAUGAAGAUAAUGAUGAUGACGAUUAUGAAAAUAAAACAUCACCAUCAUCAUCACAAAAUAAAAAUAAAAAAACCGAAAAUGGAAUAAAUAAAAAUAAAUUAUAUAUAAGUGAGAAAUAUUUCUACUCAAAUGAUAAAUCAAAAGAUGAUGAAUUUAUAAAGAAAUCAUUAGGUACUGGUAAAAAUUAUUCAGAGGGUAGUCAAAAUAAUACAAAUAAUAAUAAUAAUGGUGGUGAAUGGAGAGAAAUUGAUAUAAAUGAUAAAAAUUUUUCAAAUGCAUUUGAAGAAAGAGUUAAAUCUGAAGAAAUGAAGAGACAAGAGUUGAGUAAAAAAGGUAUAACAGAAGUUAAUGGUCAUUAUUAUUCAAAUGAUAUUUUAAUUCCAAGUAAAUUUGAAAGUUAUUUCCUUAAACCUGAUGAACCAAUCUCUAGAAAUGAAAAGAAAUAUUUCGCAAAACUAGAUGCAUUACAAUCUGCUAAAAAAGAGAAACUCGUCUCAAAACGUGGUUUCAAAUAUGUCGAUACAGAAUACGAUGAUUCACCAUUACAAACUGUAGUUCAAUCAAGAUUAGCUUCAAAAAUAUUACAAGUUUUAAAAGAAUCUCAAAUGUUUGAAAAUAAUAUAAAUAUUAAUAAUAAUGAAAAUAAUGAUGAUAAUAAUAAUAAUAAUGAUGAAAAUAAUGAUGAUAAUAUUGAGAAUUUUAAUAUUGAUUUUGAUUUUGAAGAAAAUAAAAAUAAAAAUAAAACAAAUUUUCAAAAUCCAAAUGAAAUUGAUCAACUUAGUAUGGAUAGAAUUGAUCCAAUCAUUUCGAAAGCAGAUAUUGAAUUAACGGGUGCUGUAAUGAGUAGUGAUCUUAGAUGGGUUAAAAUAUUUUGGAAACGUAGAAAUCAUUCAAACAUUAAUGAAAAUUCAAUGAAAUCAAAAAGACAUUUAAAAACAGUUGAUCAAUUAAUUAAAGAUGAUGAUUUAAUUAAAAUUGAUUCAAUUCAAGAUACAAAUUUAAAGAAUAUUUUAAAUAAUACUGAAACAAAUUCUGCAAAACAAUUAAUUUAUGAUUUUCAUUCAAAAAGUGAUAAAUCAAUCUCAAUUUCAAAUAUUAAAUCAAAUAAUUCAAAUUCAAAAAUCAUUUCAAAAGUUAUAACAACAAAAACAAAUAAUGAUAAUGAUGAUGAUGAUAAUGAUAAUAAUAAUAAUAAUAAUAAUAAUAAUGAUAUCAUUGAUCCAUUUAAUUUUGGUAAUAAUAAUUUACAUAUGGCUGAAAAUAAAAAAGUUAAAUUAGAAAUUUCAAUAAAUAAUAAUCAAGAUGAUAAUAAUAAUAAUAAUAUUCAAGAUAAUAAUAUUAAUGAUGAAAAAAGAGAGAAAUUAUUAUUAAAACGUUUUAGUAAUAAAGAAUUUAAUGAUGAAGAGAAUAAAGAAAUUGAACAGUUAUUAAAAGCAACACCAAUGAAACAAGUUACAAAUAUUCCAUAUAGUAUUGAAAGUUUAUUGGAUACUAGUGAUAUCGUUGGUCCAGCAAGACAUAGAGAGAUUGAAUUGAAAAGAAGAAAAAAGUAUAGAUCAUUAUUCUUUGAAGUCACUGAUAGAGAUAUUUCACAUCGUUUAGUUAAAAUUAAAAGUAGAGUACGUUGGAUUAUUGGUAAAAAAGUUAAAUCAAAAUAUGUACCUGAUAUUUUAUUCGUAAAAGAUCAAAGUGAAAUUAAAGAUGAAACUUCUCAAGAUUUAAUUACAAAUUAUAUUGGUCCUGAACUUAGACAAUUAUUUUAUAAUAAAAUUAAAAAUGAAAUUAAAAGAAAAGAAAAAUUAAAAUCAAAAUUCUCUGGUUUAUUUAAUAGUAAUAAUAAUGAUAAUAAUGAUAAUAAUAAUGAUAAUAGUGAUGAUAAUAAUAGUAGUAGUAAAAAUAUUAAUGAAGAAAAAGUUAAUUCAUUAUUAAAAGAUGAUGAAGAUGAUCAAGUUGAUUUAAUUGGAAUAUUAAGAGAAUUUCCAGAAUUAUUACAUGAUAGAGUUGUUCAAAAAUAUUUAAGAAUGGAAAGAAAGAAAAAGAAAGAACAAGAGGAAGACCAAUACCAAGAACAAGAGGAAGACCAAGAACAAGAACAAGAACAACAAAAUAAUACCAACACUAAACAAAUGUUUAAAGAUUUCAAUAAAGAUUUAUAA